AUGAUAGACUUGGGGGAGAUUGAUGAAUUUUCUCAUAACACAGAAUUGGCUGUGCAUAAAGAAAUUAUUGAAAUUAAAGCUAUUGCCCUUAAAGCUGAUUCAGCAUGUGUUCCUGUGCUUUCUGCAAACUUAUUAGACCAAUCAUCUGUUGAACUUCCUGUGCACCCCCCUGUCUUGGAUGUGCUUUCUACAAUGUCCACUAAUGCUGGUUCUGAAAUAGUUGCAUGCAAUUCUCAAUUGCCCAAUAUGCCUUUACCAAAAUUUGAUGGCGAACUACGCAAUUGGCCAGAUUUUCGUGACCGUUUCAAGUCCUUAGUCGAUAAGCGACCUACACUCUCAAAUGUUGACAAAUUCUAUUAUUUGUUAAGCUGUCUCCAAGGGGAUCCUUCUGAAUUGUUAAAAGGGAUUACUGUAUCAGAUGAAACCUAUGCUAUUGCUUGGUCUACAUUAGUUGAUCAAUAUGAUAAACCUAGGCAACUAGCUGCUAGCAUUAUUGAGAAUAUGUUAAAAGCCUCUAUUGGCACUUCAGAAAAUGUUGCUAGCCUUAGACAGUUUAUUCAUACAUUUGAUGAAGGUAUUGCUACACUAUUGUUCAUGAGGAUACCAGAUCUCGGUUCAUUUCUUCUAUUUUCUAUUGCAGCUCGGUGUUUACCUACUCAUAGUAGACGGUUAUUUGAAGCAGAAAAUAGUCUAGAGUAUCCAGUGGUUCAGGAUAUCAUUAAAUUUGUUAAAAAUCGAAUCAAAAUUUUAGAAAAUGCCGGGAUAGCUCCUUCUAAUUCAGGGGUCUCUAAAAAACCAGUUGGUAAUUUUGCUCAAAAACCGAAUUACCAGUCACAGCAUGAGAAACGUGUUGCUUUCCUUUCAACUGCUAAGGGUCAGCGACUCCCUAUACAAAAACCAGCCAGCACAGGUAAAUGUUUUUGCUGCUCAGCUUACCAUGUUCUUCAAGAUUGUCCACAAUUUAAUAAGCUGUCUAUUGAUGAACGGUAUGAUAUUGCUUGUAAACAUAGAUUGUGCCUUGUCUGUUUUGCUGAGGGUCAUAUGUCGUAUAAAUGUCCAUCAGCAUGCUCGAUCUGUUCCCGUCGCCAUCAUGCUCUUUUACACAGAGACCAGCCUCGGUCACAACCAGUUGCUGGACCAUCCCAAGCGGCCAUGUUAGGAAGACUUCAAAUACCUUCUAUACUAUUAGGUACUGCCAUAAUUUGUGUUCAGGACAUAGCCGGUAAUAAUCACUUAAUUCGAGCUUUAAUUGAUCCUGGCUCUCAGAUCACCGCUCUAACAUUAAAUUGUUGUAACAAACUCGGCUUUCGGCCAUCUCGUUGGACUAUUCCUGUUACUGGUUUAUCUAGCCAAAAGAUUCCAGAUAUAAGUGGUUCUGUAGAAGUACUUAUUGGACCAAAAGAUAUACAGUCUCCUAAAAUUAAAAUUAAAGCGUGGGUUAUUAGCUCAAUAACUACAAAUAUGCCAUCUCAACAGUUACCAUCUCAAGUUCGGGCUGAAUGUAAACAUUUAUCUCUGGCCGAUCCAUCAUUUGAUACACCAGCUCCUGUUGAUCUACUUUUAGGUGCAGAUAUAUUCCCACAGAUAUGGAAUAAUGAUAAUAUUCAGUUAGGGCCUGGUCUACCAUCCGCUUACAGCUCGGUAUUCGGAUGGGUCCUAAUUGGUCCUGUUCAGCAAUCAUUAGAAAUUUUCCCUCAAUCAUUAGCCGUUACAUUAUCUACUUCUAUUGAGUCAUUGAUGGAAAGAUUCUGGAAUAUUGAAGAACCAGCAGCAGCUCCUCUUGAUUUCACUGAAGAUGGGCAGUGUGAAACUAUUUUUAAUUCAGAGAUGUACAGAAAUUAUGCAGGUCAAUAUUUUGUUCCUUUACCUUUUCGCUCUGACAGCUCAGAUAGAUUGUUCCCUGGUAUGCAUGAAGUUGCUCUGCGGCGAUUUUAUCAGCUAGAACGCAAGCUCUUGCGCGACCCAAUACUGCACAAUGCUUAUAGAGCAUUCAUGAGAGAAUAUGAAGAGUUAGGUCACAUGUCACGUUCAGAAGAGUCCGGUGAUUAUUUUAUCCCUCAUCAUGCAGUUCAUAAGUUAGUGGGUGACGAGCUAAAAUUAAGAGUGGUUUUUGAUGCAUCUGCAAAAUGUCAGGCUGGAUAUUCACUUAAUGAUAGGUUGUAUGUAGGGCCUAAACUUCAGCAAGAAAUCAUAGAUGUGUUAACUGGGUUUAGGGUUCAUAAGUUUGUUUUUACCACUGACAUUUGCAAAAUGUAUAGGAAAAUAUGGCUUCAUGAUAAAUACCAUGGUUAUCAGCACAUUUUGUGGAGGGAUUAUGCCCAUGAACAGGUAAAAGAAUAUACACUUCACACUGUUACCUAUGGUGUAAAUUGUGCUCCAUAUUUAGCUCUAAGAGUAUUACAACAUAUUGCUGACAAUGAGUGUGAUGAUUUUCCUGCAGUUCAACAAACUUUACGUUAUCAAACAUAUAUGAAUGAUAUCUGUGCUGGUGCAGAAUCAAUUGUAGCUGCUAAAAUUUUAAAAAAUAAUUUAAUAGAAGUGUUGGCAAGAGCUGGUCUCUCACUUAAGAAGUGGUCAAGUAAUUGUGUGGACCUCUUGGAUGACUUAUUAGAUGAAGAUUGUGCAUGCAAUCCUCUGGCUUUUGAUCGUGGCGAUGGAAUUCAUGUUUUAGGCAUGGAAUGGAUACCUGAUACCGAUUGCUUUACUUAUGAUAUAAGUGCUAUAAAGUGUGUUCCCACAAAGCGAGGAGUACUUUCGGUAAUUGCUAGGAUUUUUGAUCCUUUAGGGUUUUUGGCUCCUAUGUUAUUUUAUGCCAAAUGUUUAUUGCAGCAACUGUGGAAGGCAAAGUUAACUUGGGAUGAUCCGUUGACGACAGAUAUAGCUGAAGAGUGGUAUAAGUUUGUCAGUUCUCUUGGCUGUAUAACAUCAAUCCGAGUCCNUAGUUCCCUUGGCUGUAUAACAUCAAUCCGAGUCCCUAGGUACAUUGGAGCUGCACUGGGAAAUUCUUAUGUUAUUUGUGGAUUUUGUGAUGCUUCUGAAAAGGGCUAUGCUGCUGUAGCUUAUCUUAGAGUAAUGGAUUCUGCUCAGAACGUGUAUUUAUACCUGCUCGGGUCCAAAACAAAACUGGCUCCAAUGAAAUCUUCUACAAUCCCUAGACUAGAGUUAUGUGGUGCUGUUAUAUUAGCAAUAUGGUUAGCGCGUCUUAAGAAAAUUUUAGAAACCCAUUUAGGUUCUCUUAAUGUCUAUGCUUGGUCUGACUCAACAAUUGUUUUAUCUUGGUUGCUCAAUCCACAUGUUUCUUUAAAACCAUUUGUUUCAAAUCGUGUCAAUCAAAUCCAUAAGCUGCUCCCUGAUUGUCAUUGGGCUCAUAUCUAUUCAGAGGAAAACCCUGCAGACUGUGCUUCACGUGGGUUGUCACCAUCUGAACUUCCUAACCAUAAAUUAUAUUGGAAGGGUCCAGCUUUUUUAAAGAAACCAGUAGUUGAAUGGAAUUUACAUUGGGAAUCUAUGCCAACCAGUCUGUUGCCCGAUAUUCAACAAGUUAAUGUUCAAUCCUUCAACAUUCAAGUCCAGGUUGAAUGGUACAGUGGAUUUUNCAGUCCAGGUUGA